CCCUGAAAAAACCCCGCGGGGUGAAAAUCCUCCGGGUCGAGGCCGUCGGUGGCAAUGGGCGAGCGGCUGCGGGCUCCGGCCACGAAGUUUUUUGGGACGCACGAGGAGGAGGAGGAGAAGGAGGAGGAGGAGGAGAAAAUCCAAUCUCACCUCCAAUCCCUACGGAAAGUCUUAGCGGAGUUUCUGGACUGGAGAGUGGCCGACGAGAAGCGCCGCCUGGACUACCUGGAGACGAGCGAGGCCGAGCGGCGGCGCAUCGGGAGCGAGUUCGAGCGGCUGCGGCGGCUGCUGGACGAGAAGGAGCGCGCGGUGCUCCAGCGCCUGGCCGAGCUCGACGCCGCCUUCGAGGCCGCCCAGGUGGAAAAAGCCUCGCGGGUGGCCGAGGAAAUCGCGCGGCUCCACGGCCUCAUCGGGCAGCUGGAGGCCGGGCGGCUGCCCCAGGAUACCGGGAGCGGCCUGAGCAGCUGGAACGAAGCGAGGCCGCAGCUUCCCCCCGAGCUGGAAAAGAGCCUGCGCUCCUGCCGCCGCCAGCACGCUGCCCUCGAGGAGGCUCUGAAAGAAUUGCGAGACCCAGGGAGACCCAAACCAAAGCUGGAAACAGGGAAAAUCCUGAGCACUGAGGAAAAGGCAAAGGGGACGCCAGAUCCCGGCUCGGCUCCCCCGCAGGUUUUGGGGGACAGAAAAAGCGUGCGGUGGGACGAGGAGCAGGAGAAAGCCAGGGAACCCCAGCGAUGCGAGGAGGCUCCGGGCGCCCUGGGCUGCGAGGGGGCUGCUCCGCGGCGCUGCUCGUGGGAGGUGGAGGAGAAGGCGCAGAUAAGCGGAUUCUGAGAGGGAUCCCGGGCAUCCCCCCUUCCCGGCUGUAAAUGGGUUCAAACCGCCUUUUUUCUGUGCGGGUGAUGGGUUUGUUUAAAAAAAAAAAGAAAAAAAGAAAAAAAAAAAA